UUUCUUUUUUACACUUUUCAUCUUUCUCUCUUUACCUUAUUUCUCUUCAAACUCGCUUAUCUCUCUUUUCAUCUUACUCUCUCCACAAACCUAUCUUCACCCUUCUUCUUCUUCUUCUUCUUCUUCAAUGCCUUUUAUUUUUAUCUUUUUUUCUAAACAAACAAAUGGUUAAAAAUCAAAACCAGACCAACUGGUUUGAUUUGGUAAUUGACCCAAACCGAACUAUAAAUAUGUCCUAAACUAAACCCCUUGCGUAGAAGAAGAGUGGACUCCCACUACUUCUUAAAAACCCUAUAUAGACCUCCCACUUGUGUUCUUCAUUUCUUACUACUUCCCCUUUCCAGGCUCUGCUUCUUCAGCAGAAGCAGAAAGCCAAAUUCCUAAUCCCACUUUUAAUUUUUAUUUCUUAUUUCAAAUGUUGGGUUAAUCCGAAAACCAACUCACACCAUUCUGUUUUUCUUUUAAUUUUGGACUUUUUUUUAAACAGAGAGAUUUUGUUUGUAGAUCCAAAAAAAAAAACCAAACAGAUCUCGUAAACAAUGGAGACGAUUUCGUCGGAGACUCUUCUUCCGGUGACAGCAUUGCAAGGAACAACAGCCAACACGCUGUUUCAAGUAAUUACAUUGAUUUGGGAAGGCAUAAAAUCUGCAAUUGUCGUUCCUCUGCUCCGAGGGGCGGUUUAUAUUUGUCUUACAAUGUCGUUAAUGCUGCUGAUUGAGAGGGUUUAUAUGGGGAUUGUCAUUGGUUUGGUCAAACUCUUUAAAAGAAAACCAGAAAAGCGCUACAAAUGGGAGCCCAUGGAAGACGAUAUCGAGCUUGGCAGCUCUGUUUAUCCAAUGGUUUUAGUUCAAAUCCCAAUGUACAAUGAAAAAGAGGUUUAUCAGCUUUCAAUUGGAGCUGCCUGUGGCCUCUCAUGGCCGUCAGAUCGAAUCAUCAUUCAAGUUCUUGACGAUUCCACAGAUCCAAUAGUGAAGGAAUUAGUGGAAAAGGAAUGUGAAAGAUGGGCAAGCAAAGGAAUAAACAUAAAGUAUGAAAUAAGAGACAAUAGAAAUGGAUACAAGGCUGGAGCUCUGAAAGAAGGGUUGAAGAGAAGCUAUGUGAAGUUAUGUGAUUACGUAGUAAUCUUCGAUGCUGAUUUUCAACCCGAACCGGAUUUCCUUCGUCGAACCGUUCCGUUUCUCAUUCACAACCCCAAAAUUGCCCUUGUUCAAGCCCGUUGGAAAUUUGUGAAUGCGAACGAGUGCUUGAUGACAAGGAUGCAAGAGAUGUCAUUGGAUUAUCAUUUCACUGUGGAGCAAGAAGUGGGCUCCUCCACUUAUGCUUUCUUUGGUUUCAAUGGGACAGCAGGUGUUUGGAGAAUUGCGGCACUGAAUGAGGCUGGUGGGUGGAAAGAUCGCACCACUGUUGAAGACAUGGACUUGGCCGUCCGUGCCAGUCUCAAAGGCUGGAAAUUCUUAUAUCUCGGGAACAUUCAGGUAAAAAAUGAACUCCCCAGCACAUUGAAAGCCUUCCGUUACCAACAACACAGAUGGUCAUGUGGGCCGGCCAAUUUAUUCAGAAAGAUGGUUGUGGAAAUUAUCACAAACAAUAGAGUAACAACGUGGAAGAAAGUGCACGUGAUAUACAGUUUCUUCUUUGUGAGAAAAGUGGUAGCCCAUAUAAACACCUUCAUAUUCUACUGUCUUGUAUUACCAGCCACAGUGGUAGUACAAGAUGUUGAAGUUCCUAAAUGGGGAUAUGUUUACAUUCCUGCUAUCAUUACUCUUCUCAAUUCUGUUGGCACCCCAAGGUCGUUUCAUUUAUUGGUGUAUUGGAUUCUGUUUGAGAACGUGAUGGCAAUGCAUAGAACAAAAGGUACAAUAAUUGGGUUGUUGGAGGCAAGUAGAGUGAAUGAAUGGAUUGUUACGGAAAAAUUAGGCGAUGCCACUAAGCCUAAAUCUACUGAUUUAAGAACACCCUUGAUUGCAACUCCUCGCUUGAGAAUUGGAGAAAGGGUUCUAAUGUGGGAGCUUGGAGUGGGAAUGUAUUUGUUGUUAUGUGGAGUUUACGAUGUUUUCUUUGGGAAAAACCAAUUCUACAUAUUCCUCUUCCUUCAAGCCAUAACAUUCUUUAUCGUCGGAUUUGGAUACGUUGGUACCUAUGUUCCUUCUUGAUCCGAAUCCCUCACCGCAACCACCACCGCCACCGCCGCUGCCACCCUCAACUUCUCUUCACUUAAUUAUUUUGCUCUCUCUCUCUCUCUCUCUCUCUCUCUCUCUCUCUCUCUCUCUCUUUCUCUUUCUCUCUCUAUAUAUAUAGAUAUAUUAUUCCUCUAAUUUUUCAUUAGAUUUCAUAUCUUUUCUUUCUCUCUAGCCAAUUCUUUUUUCUUUAGUCUGCAUUAUAAAUUAGUUUGUAAAAAGCCAAAAAUAAAGGGUCAGAAAAGAAUCGGCCUUUUUUCUUCUUCUUCUUCUUUUACCUGGAAAAACUCAAAAAUAGAUAAGUUUAGGAAGUCUGUGAAUAUAUUUGUCCUAAGGAAUGCUCAACAAUUUAUUGUUUAUUAACCUUUCA